AGUGGAAUAGUUAAGGAAUAUUGUUCAUAUAUGGGCAGAAAAGCUAGCUGCAAAGGGCUUCCAAAGGUAAAGAAAUAUUUAAAACACUAACAGCUCACAGGGCUUUAAACAAUUUUGAGUGUUUGGUGAUUUACCCUAAAAAGACCGCAAUUUAAUGUGCCUCUGCAGAAAGACAUGUAAAUGAAUAUAAUAAUCAUAGCUGUCCUCCAUUGAAUGUUUUGUCUCAUAUGGGGCUUCAUAUAUGUUGUCUUGUUUAUUGUCACAAUGUCCGUAACAGGUGGAUAAACAGGCUUAUAUUAGAUGAGAUAAAGGAGGAUCAGAGAGGUUGAGUAAAAUGCCCAAGGUCACCCAGCUAGCAAGCAGUAGAGGUGAGUUUUGAGUACCUGGCCAAACCCAUGAGCUUCUCCUCCCCAUUACACCACCUCUUUAUACAUUCCUCUUCUCUCCUUGUCGGACUGAGAUUUUUUUUUCCCUUGAAUGUCCUUUAGCUAAUAUCAACCUGAAUAGCCUUGUGGAAUUGGCAGAAGGACAUGACCUAUUUUCUCCAUGUAUGUGAGCCAGUGAAGAUCUCUUGUACUGACUGGUUAUGUAGCUUUCCUUGUAAUCCAUACACACACAAAGGUGUGUAGUAAUCAUAAAACACCAUAUUUCUUCUUCUUACCGCUUCUCCUCCAACCACUUAGCUGUCAUUUACUGCAUACUCCUCCUUAGCCAUCUCUGGGUCAAUAGUGUUCUUUUCCAUUUCAGAGUUCGGGUAAGAGAGACAUCAGGACACCUCGCAUUAGGUCACCUAGCAGAGAUCAGCCACUCCUGGGCUCAGUGAGGAGGUUUGGAUUUGCCUCAAAGGGCACUCCACAAAUUGAACUGAGAAAUCCCGAGGAAGCUGCCUGAAUCUCCUUGUAUAUUCUUAUUCAACAUCGUGUAAAGGACCAGACAAAUCAAAUUGGUGGUUUUUGGUUUCCGCCGGGGCCGUGGAUGCCUUUGACAUUAUGACCGCAGAGGAUUCCACCGCAGCCAUGAGCAGCGAGCCGGCCGCUGGGUCCUCCACCAAGGUGCCCGAGGGCGUGGCGGGCGCGCCCAACGAGGCGGCGCUUCUGGCGCUGAUGGAGCGCACGGGCUACAGCAUGGUGCAGGAGAACGGGCAGCGCAAGUACGGCGGCCCGCCGCCUGGCUGGGAAGGUCCGCACCCGCAGCGCGGCUGCGAGGUCUUCGUGGGCAAGAUCCCGCGCGACGUGUACGAGGACGAGCUGGUGCCCGUGUUCGAGGCGGUGGGCCGCAUCUACGAGCUGCGCCUCAUGAUGGACUUCGACGGCAAGAACCGUGGCUACGCCUUCGUCAUGUACUGCCACAAGCACGAGGCCAAGCGCGCCGUGCGUGAGCUCAACAACUACGAGAUCCGCCCCGGCCGCCUGCUUGGCGUGUGCUGCAGCGUGGACAACUGCCGCCUCUUCAUCGGCGGCAUCCCCAAGAUGAAGAAGCGCGAGGAGAUCCUGGAGGAGAUUGCCAAGGUCACGGAGGGCGUGCUCGACGUGAUCGUCUACGCCAGCGCGGCCGACAAGAUGAAGAACCGCGGCUUCGCCUUCGUCGAGUACGAGAGCCACCGCGCCGCCGCCAUGGCGCGCCGCAAGCUCAUGCCCGGACGCAUCCAGCUUUGGGGCCACCAGAUCGCCGUGGACUGGGCCGAGCCCGAGAUCGACGUGGACGAGGACGUGAUGGAGACCGUGAAGAUCCUCUACGUGCGGAACCUCAUGAUCGAGACCACCGAGGACACCAUCAAGAAGAGCUUCGGCCAGUUCAACCCGGGCUGCGUGGAGCGCGUCAAGAAGAUCCGCGACUACGCCUUCGUGCACUUUGCCAGCCGCGAGGACGCCGUGCACGCCAUGAACAACCUCAACGGCACCGAGCUGGAGGGCUCGUGCCUCGAGGUGACGCUGGCCAAGCCCGUGGACAAGGAGCAGUACUCCCGCUACCAGAAGGCGGCCAAGGGCGGCGGCGCGGCCGAGGCGGCAAUGGUGCAGCAGCCCAGCUACGUGUACUCCUGCGACCCCUACACGCUGGCCUACUAUGGCUACCCCUACAACGCGCUCAUUGGGCCCAACAGGGACUACUUCGUGAAAGCAGGCAGCAUAAGAGGCCGGGGUCGAGGUGCAGCUGGCAACAGAGCCCCAGGGCCCAGGGGUUCCUACCUUGGGGGAUAUUCUGCUGGCCGUGGUAUAUAUAGCCGAUAUCAUGAAGGAAAAGGAAAACAACAAGAAAAAGGAUAUGAACUUGUACCGAAUUUGGAAAUCUCUGCCGUCAAUCCAGUUGCCAUUAAACCUGGUACAGUGGCCAUCCCUGCCAUCGGGGCCCAGUAUUCCAUGUUUCAGGCAGCUCCGGCUCCUAAAAUGAUUGAAGAUGGUAAAAUCCACACAAUGGAGCACAUGAUCAGCCCCAUCGCUGUGCAGCCAGACCCAGCCAGCGCCGCUGCGGCCGCGGCUGCCGCCGUCAUCCCUGCCGUGUCCACGCCACCACCUUUCCAGGGCCGCCCAAUAACUCCAGUGUACACGGUGGCUCCGAACGUUCAGAGAAUUCCUGCUGCCGGGAUCUACGGGGCCAGUUAUGUGCCAUUUGCUGCUCCGACCACAGCUACAAUCGCCACGCUGCAGAAGAACGCGGCGGCCGCCGUCUACAGCGGGUACGCAGGCUACAUACCUCAGGCCUUCCCCGCCGCUGCUAUCCAGGUGCCUAUCCACGACGUCUACCAGACCUACUGAGAUCCACCCACCACGACCACUGAAGGAACACUUUACUAUUUAUGAAGAAAGAACGUGUUGGGUUAGCACACACGAAACCCAAACGUGAAGAAUGUUAUCAGAUACCAUACUGGAAUAUUUUAUAUACAUGAAGUUUUCACUAGUUUUUUAAGACUGUUUUCAAUUUAGCAGACCUGUGUUUGUACAUUUCUAAGAGGCUUGCAAUGGUUUGUGCCUUAAACACCAUCUCUUAAAAAUUUGUACGCUGUAGUACAUUUGUAUAGAGGUUUUCGUUUUUGUAUUUUUAAGGAUAUAUUUUCAGUAUGAAGGUUAUUUUCUUAACUUCUGCACUCCAGAGAUUUCUAUUUUGUAGUACCUUCAAUAGUAAAUAUAUCAACUAUAUAUUAAAAAGCACACUUGAGCAGCUAGGGAACUAUUUUGAAAAAUAUAUUCAAUAUUUAAAGAUACAAACAAUAGUGCUUUAAAAAUACUACAUAAAACGUUAUUUUAAAAGUUAUACUGGAAAG